AUGGCUUCCACAGGAUAUAAGUUUGAGAAUCACAACGAACUUGGAUUCUUUUUCCAUGAAGAACCAAUUACACCCCUAGUGUCAUGGGAGCAACAAUUUGCAAGUGUUGAGGGGCUACAUAAUUUUCUUGAAUAUGAACCAUUUCCAUUAGCUCAUCAAUCUUCAAAUGUUGAGCACACCGAUUUCGAUGAUUUUUCCGGUGAUUUGUGGGUUUUUGACGAUCAUCCAUUACCGCUUCCCAACAUCAUUAUGCCUAACCCUAACCCUAAUCCAGUAAUUACCGAGCAAGACUAUCACACUGUUGAUUCGAACAUGCAAAUUAUGGUUUCCGAAAAUCUAUUGCAACAGUCCAACGACGUCGUGAGGAGAAGCGGGAGGCACAAAUCCUCGGCCCUGCAGUUGGAAGAGAUUCAAAAAUACUUUGAUUAUCCGAUAACUAGGGCUGCGAAAGAGCUCAACGUGGGCCUCACUGUGCUCAAGAAACGCUGCAGAGAGCUUCAUAUCACGCGGUGGCCGCAUAGGAAGAUCAAGAGCUUGAAAUCUCUCAUUCAUAAUGUCAAGGAACUAGGUUUGACGAAUGAGAUUGAAAUGCUGGAGGAGCAUAAGAAAAUGGUGGAAAUGAUACCGGAAAUGGAGCUAACUGAGAGAACUAAGAAGUUGAGACAAGCUUGCUUCAAAGCCAAUUACAAGAAGAGAAAGUCCUUCAAAAAUUUGUUGGAGGGACCAAAAUUACACCAUUUCUAG